AUGCGAAGGGGGGCUUAUAGAAAUAGCGGGCCUAUGGGCUUAUCUCUAAAUGAUACCAUUAUAUCGAAUUCCGGCGAGCAAAUGGAGUGUGAUAUUCAAUCCCAAAAGUCCUGUGAACUUAACAAAUACAGAAGUUUAAUAAUUACAAAUCAUGCUGAGGGUAUGUCCUUAAAAUCGAGUGAGAACAUAACGGCCGAUCGUAGCGGCUCGAGCGGAGACCGCUGGGACCCCGCGGAACGCGGUAGCGGCGGGGGGAAGGACGCAUCGCUCCGAUCGCCGGCACCGACCGAAGCUAACCCGAGCGUAGACGUCAACGCAUUAAAUAAUAUACAGUCGGCGAAUACACUAUCCUUUGCCGAGGUUAUGAAUUCAGACGGCGAAUGGAAAUUGGUUCAGCGGCGGAAGCAUAAUACUAAGAUGUAUAGAUACCUCGUGGCGCCCGCCAACGAGCGACUGCUGGCUGUAGGUGGUGUGUUCUUCGCGCACGCGUGCUAUGGUAACGAUCCGUUGGCAGCGGAAUCACUUGUCGCCAGAAACAGGUGCGACCGCACACUAUUUCAGCUUCCUGCUGCUAAACAGCAAUCAGUAAUCAGUGUGCCGAUUGCAUCUUUGGUGAUCAGGUAA